AUGCAGAACCUGGUGACCCUCGAGCUCAACUCGUUCCGCUUCGGCGCCGCCGGCCUGUCCCGCCUCCGCGGCAAGCGCAUGCCGCGGCUUCGCAGCCUCGCGCUCAGCUCCUGCGCGCUCGGGGACGCCGACGCGGCGCACCUCGCGUCGCUGGGGCUGCCCAGCCUGCGGCGGCUCGACCUGUGCUACAACGAGUUGACCGAUGGCGCUGUCUCUGCCCUGGCGGGGGCCCCCUGGAUCUCCGCACUCACGCGGCUGAAGCUCUCCGAAAACGAGGGCGUCGGCGACGCCGGCGCCGCCGCGCUCGCGGCCGCGCCGCUGCGGGGGCUGCGGGCGCUGCGGAUCGGGGGCGAGGGGACGCGGCUGACGGACGCCGGCGUGGCCGCGCUGGCCGGGGCGGCGUGGUUGACCGGUUUGACCGAGCUCAAGCUCUCGGCCUGCUACGACCGCGCGGAUUACCUCGGAUCCGACCGUCGCGCCUGGGCGGCGCUCGCCGCCGCGCCGCUCAACGCGCUGCGCGUGCUGGGCCUCAAGUUCGUGCGCCUGCAGCCCGACGCGGCCGCCGCGCUCGGCGCGGCGCCGUGGCUGCAAGGGCUGCGGUCGCUGACGGUCGAGAGGGGCUCCUUCCUCGCGAUAGUGGAGGCCGCGCCGCACAGCUGCCGCGGCCUGCUGAAGCGCGCGGGUGUUACUUUCUCUGUCGCCUACAACAUGGCGCUCCCCGUGCCGUCGGAAGACGAGGGGUCGUCCAGGCCCAGCGACGACGCCGGGGACGAGGGGCGCGAGGCGCUGGCGGACAACGAGGGCAGCGCGGCGGGCGACGGUUUCAACUGCCGCUCGGACGGCGGCGGCUGCGGCGGCGGGGACGAUGAGGGGAACGGCGAGGCGGAGGACUGA